GCUUGGCUUGUUAGUAGGAAGCCAGUAUAUCCUCAGCUGAGGUCGUGUUGUUACCUUAACAGUACCUGUAUUAUCUGUGACAAUACGGUCAUAAAAUUAUCUGAUUAAAGUUGUAUAUUUUAUUGCUCAUUGUAAAUUAGUGUGAAACUCGAAUGAACCUCGGAACAUUUGGCAACAUGGCGGCCAACGGUGGUAGUGUUUGUGACUUCUACGCAAACAGUUCUGUCUUCAUAACUGGAGGAACGGGGUUUUUGGGAAAAGUACUUAUCGAAAAAUUGUUACGUAGCUGCAGAAAAAUAGAUAAAAUUUACGUUUUACUCCGAGGAACCACCAACAGAACUGCUCAGGAGAGACUAGAAGAUUUGUCCCAUGAAGUUUUAUUUGAAAAAGUGAGACAAGAUGAUCCAAAUAUAAUGAAGAAGUUGAUUCCUGUGAAUGGGGACCUCACUCUACCGAAUCUGGGAAUGAACAACGAGGAUUACAGUCUCAUUGUCAAAAAUGUGUCCAUAGUGUUUCACGCUGCGGCAUCGAUCAGAUUUAACCUGAAGAUAAAGGAAGCGCUGCACUGCAACGUGGAAGGGACCAAAAAAGUUAUAGAACUCUGUCACAAAGCACGUUGCAUUAAAGCAUUCGUCCACAUAUCUACAGCGUAUAGUAAUACAGACAAAACGUUUGUAAAGGAAGAUGUAUACCCAGCGCCGGAAAAUCUCGAUAAAAUAUACGAAAUAAUUCGACAAAUCGGAGACGACACUGAAGCUGAUGAUUUAACGAGCAGCCGUCCUAAUACUUAUACUUACGCUAAGGCUGUAGCGGAGUAUGAAGUGCUACGUAACCAUGGAAGCGUACCCACCGCUAUCAUACGACCUUCUAUAGUGACACCAAUCUGGAGAGACCCGACCCCCGGUUGGCUGGACAAGUGGUCCGGAGGCACUCCCAUCAUAUUCGGUCUCUGCAAAGGUCUUCUGCGAUGUCUGGACACGCAGCCAUCUAACGUUAUAGACUUCAUACCGGCUGAUAUUGCAGUUAAUUUGUCUAUAGUUGCGGCCGCAAAAUGCCAUGUUGAUACUCCCAAGGUCAAGGUUUACAACUGUUGCUCCGGCCCGACAAAUCCGAUGACGUCCAAAAUGCUCUCAGAUUACUGUCAUGAAAAUAGUAUCAAACAUGGACUUCAUUGGUUUCCGUACCCCAAAAUAUUUUUAAGCACCAACCGAGUGUUCCUUAAAAUUGUUAGACUCGUGUUGCAGUUUCUACCAUUAUUUCUUGCUGACAUAUGGUUGAAAAUAAGAGGAAAACAACCUAGAUUCGUAAAAAUGCUAAAAAAGUUGACUAAAGUUGAAAAAACGCUCCAUUUUUUCAUCAAGAACCAGUGGCAGUUUGAGAAUCAUAACGUGGAAGCCCUAAUAUCAACUCUAUCCCCUUCUGAUAGAGUUCAAUUUCCUUGUGAUCCCUCCGAGAUAUGUUGGAAAACGCACUUUGAAGAUUACUGUCUGGGAAUUGAUAAGUAUUUAAUGAAUACCUCUGUCAAGUCAGCAAAUAUUAAUUCUGGAAUGUAUAAGUAAUAUUUUCUCAAUCAUGCCGGUAUUAUCAAUAUUACACUCACGGGCAAUGAAGAGGUUCCACUGAGAAAAGCACCAAAUACGCCUAGACGGACAAUCCGUAUGCAACAUUGAAGUAGGUACAUUUAACAGAGCAUCAGGAUAUUAACAACUAAAAACGGUUCAGUAUAAUAUGUUGGUUAAAAUGCGUUGAUUCGAAAAUUUGGGUCUUUUAGUGUCGGUAUUUUGUGAGUGUAACUUUUUCAUUGCCCGUGAGUGUAUU